CAGGAGGUUGCUUUCUUAAGGAGGAUCAGUGGCUAAAGCAAAUCCACUUUGCCAGCCUUCCAACCAAGUUCCAGGAAGCAUCUGUCCUACGGAAUUGCAGGUGUGGACAUGAUGAAAAUGGGAUGUCAAAACUGUGGAGGACCAUUUGUUUUGUAGGCGUUAUAAGGUUUGCAGAUCAUUUUCCAGUGGAAUUUUUAGAGGGUCAUGAGUCAAACUGAUGCUCCCCGACCACUAAACUGGACCAUUCGGAAGCUAUGCCAUGCUGCUUUUCUUCCAUCCGUCAGACUUCUUAAGGCUCAGAAAUCAUGGAUAGAGAGAGCAUUUUACAAGAGAGAAUGUGUUCAUAUCAUACCCAGCACCAAAGACCCCCAUAGGUGUUGCUGUGGGCGUCUAAUAGGUCAACAUAUUGGAUUGACGCCAAGUAUCUCCAUUAUUCAGAAUGAGAAAAAUGAAAGCAGACUCACUCGAAAUGACAACCAGUCAGAGAAGUGGUCCAUCAGCAAGCACACUCAGCUCAGCCCAACUGAUGCCUUUGGGACCAUUGAGUUUCAAGGAGGGGGUCAUUCCAAUAAAGCCAUGUAUGUACGUGUGUCUUUUGACACAAAGCCUGAUCUUCUUCUACACCUGAUGACAAAAGAGUGGCAGCUUGAGCUCCCCAAGCUUCUCAUCUCUGUGCAUGGAGGCCUUCAGAAUUUUGAACUUCAGCCAAAACUCAAGCAAGUCUUUGGGAAAGGUCUGAUUAAAGCCGCCAUGACAACUGGAGCAUGGAUAUUCACUGGAGGAGUAAACACAGGAGUCAUUCGGCAUGUUGGAGAUGCAUUAAAGGAUCAUGCCUCAAAAUCCCGAGGGAAGAUCUGUACCAUUGGUAUAGCCCCCUGGGGAAUAGUAGAGAACCAAGAGGACCUGAUUGGCAAAGAUGUGGUCCGACCAUACCAGACAAUGUCCAAUCCUAUGAGUAAACUGACAGUACUCAAUAGUAUGCACUCCCAUUUCAUUCUGGCUGACAAUGGGACUACUGGCAAAUAUGGAGCAGAAGUGAAACUUCGUAGACAGCUGGAAAAGCACAUCUCACUUCAGAAGAUAAACACAAGAAUUGGGCAAGGGGUUCCAGUGGUGGCACUUAUUGUGGAAGGAGGGCCCAAUGUUAUCUCUAUUGUCUUGGAGUACCUACGAGACACUCCACCUGUUCCUGUUGUGGUAUGUGAUGGCAGCGGCCGGGCGUCUGACAUCCUUGCAUUUGGUCACAAAUAUUCAGAAGAAGGAGGACUUAUCAAUGAGUCUUUGAGGGACCAGUUACUAGUUACUAUCCAGAAGACUUUUACCUACACUCGAACCCAGGCACAGCAUCUCUUCAUAAUCCUCAUGGAGUGCAUGAAGAAAAAGGAGCUGAUUACAGUAUUUCGCAUGGGAUCGGAAGGACACCAGGACAUUGAUUUAGCUAUCCUGACAGCAUUACUAAAAGGAGCUAAUGCAUCUGCUCCAGACCAACUGAGCCUAGCUUUGGCCUGGAACAGAGUAGACAUCGCUCGCAGUCAGAUCUUUAUUUAUGGGCAACAGUGGCCGGUGGGAUCCCUUGAGCAGGCAAUGCUGGAUGCCCUGGUGUUGGACAGAGUGGAUUUUGUGAAAUUGCUCAUUGAGAAUGGAGUAAGCAUGCAUCGGUUUCUCACCCUCUCCCGACUAGAGGAACUGUACAAUACGAGACAUGGACCAUCCAACACUUUGUAUCAUCUAGUGAGGGACGUCAAAAAGGGUAACCUACCUCCGGAUUACAGGAUAAGUCUGAUUGAUAUUGGCCUGGUAAUUGAGUACCUGAUGGGAGGAGCUUAUCGCUGCAACUACACCCGAAAACGGUUCAGAACCCUCUACCACAAUUUGUUUGGACCCAAGAGGCCAAAAGCCCUGAAACUUCUGGGAAUGGAGGAUGACGUCCCUUUGCGAAGAGGAAGGAAGACCACAAAGAAACGAGAAGAAGAAGUGGAUAUUGAUUUGGAUGAUCCUGAGAUUAACCAUUUCCCUUUCCCCUUCCAUGAGCUGAUGGUGUGGGCUGUGCUGAUGAAGCGUCAGAAGAUGGCCCUCUUUUUCUGGCAGCAUGGGGAGGAGGCUAUGGCUAAAGCUCUGGUGGCCUGUAAACUCUGCAAAGCCAUGGCCCACGAGGCAUCAGAAAAUGACAUGGUGGAUGACAUAUCCCAGGAGCUGAACCACAACUCCAGGGAUUUCGGCCAGCUGGCGGUGGAGCUGUUGGACCAAUCGUACAAGCAGGAUGAGCAGCUGGCAAUGAAACUGCUGACCUACGAGCUGAAGAACUGGAGUAACGCCACGUGCCUGCAGCUUGCGGUGGCAGCCAAGCACAGAGAUUUCAUUGCUCACACUUGCAGCCAAAUGCUGCUCACAGACAUGUGGAUGGGCCGGCUCCGGAUGCGCAAAAAUUCAGGUCUAAAGGUAAUUCUAGGAAUUCUACUUCCUCCUUCAAUUCUCAGCUUGGAGUUCAAGAACAAAGAUGACAUGCCUUACAUGUCUCAGGCCCAUGAGAUCCAUCUACAAGAGAAGGAGCCAGAGGAACCAGAAAAACCAGUAAAGGAAAAGGAAGAGGAGGACAUGGAACUCACAGCAAACAGCAGGCGCUGCCCCCAGGAACCCGUCUGCAGGCAGGCAGAAGGACCUGCCUACAGGACCCAAUAUGCAGGCAAGCAGAAGAACCGGUCCACAAGACCUGCCUACAGGACCUAUUUGCAGGCAAUGUUGGGCCGAGGGAAUGGAGAAUCAUCAAGAAAGAAGGAGGAAGAAGAAGUUCACAGCAGACACAGACUGAUCCCUCUCGGAAGAAAGAUAUAUGAGUUCUACAAUGCACCCAUAGUUAAGUUUUGGUUCUACACGUUGGCAUACAUCGGGUACCUGAUGCUGUUCAACUACAUUGUGCUAGUGAAGAUGGAUCGUUGGCCUUCUACACAGGAAUGGAUAGUUAUCUCCUAUAUUUUCACACUGGGAAUAGAGAAGAUGAGAGAGAUAUUGAUGUCAGAACCUGGGAAGCUGUUACAGAAGGUAAAAGUGUGGCUCCAAGAGUACUGGAAUGUUACAGACCUCAUAGCAAUUCUCCUGUUCUCUGUUGGAAUGAUACUUCGUCUGCAGGAUCAGCCAUUCAGGAGUGAUGGGCGAGUCAUAUACUGUGUUAACAUAAUUUACUGGUAUAUACGUUUGUUAGACAUCUUCGGCGUGAACAAGUAUUUGGGACCAUAUGUUAUGAUGAUUGGGAAAAUGAUGAUAGACAUGAUGUAUUUUGUCAUCAUUAUGUUGGUGGUUCUGAUGAGCUUUGGUGUCGCAAGGCAGUCAAUUCUUUUCCCCAAUGAAGAGCCUUCGUGGAAGCUGGCAAAGAACAUUUUUUACAUGCCCUAUUGGAUGAUCUAUGGGGAAGUGUUUGCAGACCAGAUAGACCGUAAGCGUGUUUAUGAUUCUCAUACUCCAAAGUCAGCUCCCUGCGGCCAGAAUGAAACCAGAGAGGAUGGCAAAAUAAUCCAGCUGCCCCCCUGCAAGACAGGAGCAUGGAUCGUUCCAGCCAUCAUGGCAUGCUACCUCUUGGUUGCAAAUAUCCUUUUGGUGAACCUCCUCAUUGCUGUUUUUAACAACACAUUUUUUGAAGUCAAAUCUAUAUCCAACCAAGUGUGGAAAUUUCAGAGGUAUCAAUUAAUCAUGACAUUUCAUGAAAGGCCAGUCCUACCACCUCCUAUGAUUGUUUUCAGCCACAUGACUAUGAUUUUUCAACACCUCUGCUGCAGAUGGCGGAAACAUGAAAGUGACCAAGAUGAGAGAGACUAUGGACUAAAACUGUUCAUAACUGAAGAUGAACUAAAAAAAGUGCAUGACUUUGAGGAGCAGUGCAUAGAAGAAUAUUUUAGAGAAAAGGAUGAUAGAUUCAAUUCUUCCAAUGAUGAAAGAAUCCGCGUCACUUCUGAAAGGGUAGAGAACAUGGCCAUGCGCCUGGAGGAGGUGAACGAACGAGAACAUUGUAUGAAGGCUUCCCUUCAGACUGUAGAUGUCAGGCUUGCUCAGCUGGAGGAUAUGAUAGGACGAAUGGCUGCAGCCUUAGACAAGCUGACUGGUAUAGAGAGAGGGGAAACUACCAAGAUACGAUCUAGAACCUCCUCAGACUGCACAGAUGCAGCCUACAUUGUGAGACAGAGCAGCUUCAAUAGCCAGGAAGGGAACACUUACAAGCUUCAAGAGAGUAUAGAUCCUGCAGGAGAGGAGUCAAUAUCCCCAACCUCUCCUACUGUCACGCCCCGCCUGCGAAGCCACUCUUUUUAUGCAGUGAAUAUGAAAGACAAAUGUGGGUUAGAAAGGUUGGAAAAUAUUUUUAAAGAAAAGUCUGUGAGCCUGCAUCGAGCGAGUAGCUCACACUCUGUAUCAAAAGAAGCAAAAGUACCGUUAGCCCCUACAAGCACUUUGUCAAUUGCCCCAGACUCCAGAAGGCCUUCGUCUUGCAUAGAUAUUUAUGUUUCUGCCAUGGAUGAGUUGCAUUCUGGUAUAGAACCUCUCGACAGUUCAAUUAAUAUACUUGGUACCGGAGACCCAUCUCUGCAGGCUCAAAUAGCCUCUUCUGUUCUAGCAAACAAUGUGUAUAUUAGCAGUAUUCCCAGUGACAGAAUUUCUGGCAGGAGCAUUGAUUGUGAGGAAACCUCUACAAUGGAAACAAGAGUGUUUUCUUCAGACUAUUCACAUAUCACAGAUAGCCAAAACCUCUGGGAUUCAGACCCUCCUUUGUAUCAGACCUUAGAGCGAUCUAAAAGCAGUCGCUAUCUUGCUACUACCCCAUUUAUUCUGGAGGAAACCCCAAUCGUGAAGUCUCAUAGUUUUAUGUUCUCUCCUUCUCGGAGCUAUUUCAGCAGCCUUGGGGUGCCAGUUAAAACAGCAGAGUACACAAGUAUUACAGACUGCAUAGACACCAGGUGUGUCAGCGCUCCCCAGAAUAUUGCAGAAAGAUCCAGUUUUCCUGGAAAUCAUGGAGACAAAGUGGAGGACUUGGGAUGCUGCCACCCGGAGAGAGAAGCAGAGCUAAGUCACCCAAGCUCUGAUAAUGAGGAUAUUGAGGCCAAAGACAAAAAGGGGGCUUCCUUAUCUCCUCAAGAGAGCAGCACAGCAAGAACACUGUCCAACAACAUACCGCUUCCAAAAAUAGAGAGGGCCAACAGUUACUCAGCAGAUGAGUCCAGCAUGUUGUAUGCACACACAAGGAAAAGCUAUUCUAUCAGUGAUAAACUUGAUAGACAGCGUAACACAACGGGCCCACGAAAUCCAUUCCAGAGGAGUAAGUCAUCCAGGCCGGAGAGUAGAGGAGACAACUUGUCUAUGAGAAGACUGUCUAGAACAGGCGCUUUCCCUAGCUUUGAAAGCAAGCACAGCUAGACAUGCAUAACAGGAGGUCUAAGAGUCAUCUGCUCUCCAGUCCAUUUUCCUUAGCAGAAUAAAAUAACCUCACAACGUGAUAUGUCAACUAAAGUCAGAGUCUGUCACUGGUCAGGUUAGCACUUUGUUAAUCUCAUUGUCGCACACUGAGUUACUGGAUCCUGACCGAGUUGAUAUUUGCACUUAAGGAAAGAGGGAGGGAGGAAAGCUUUAUAAACACUUAAAUUAAAAAAAGAAAAGAAAGAAAAGAAAAAAAACACCCUCACGAAGCCUUGAGUAGGUUCAGAAAUCUGCCUUUUACUAGAAGACAUCCUAGGAUUUCUGGUAAUUAUUCAUGAAUUUCUAGGACACAAGGCUAAAUUGGCAAAAAGAAAAGCAUACAAAUGAGACACUCUAAACUGAUUUCUUUUUACAUCAGUUCCAUCAUUGCAAUGACUGAGGAAGAGCAUAAUUGUAGUCUAGAGAAAUGAGCUAUAAGCAAAUCCUAAAGCUCCCCCACUUCUGCAACUGAUCAUUGUAAAGAUAAACAAGGCAACAAUCAUAUAGUUCACCUGUCUCUUUUUGUAUUGAAUUCUAGUGCCACAAAAUGUUUAUAUUUUCAAGAUGGGAAAGGAAAAAGAACUGCCUUUUGUAUUGCAAUGUAAAUGAAGGAAGAAUUUAUGUAAAAAAAAAAAAUUGUCAGGUGGUUUCCUGUACUAAACAGGCAUUGUGGUGCAGUUGAGCCAAGCUCAGGAUGAAUGUAAUUAAGUGGAAUAGUAUAUAUUUAUUUUUUUACCACAUUUGUCAUCAAUAUAUUGUCUCACUAAAUUAAAUGAUGUCACGGAACAGUAAGAAUAAUGGGCUGAGAUGCUCAAAGCAGAGCAGGAGUGAUAUUAUAUUUUCACUAGUCUCUGCAACAUUUCCAUUUCUUGCAUUAAUUGUUAUCCACCCUCCCAAAUUGCUACCAUGUUCUUCUUACUAUUCUACCGUCAAGCUGCUGAUUUUUCACAUCAUUCACCCAACACAAGCAUUAACAUUUUACUUAUUGAGACAGUUGUAUCUAAACACUCAAAACAUACCAUACAAAGUUUCUCAAGCAGUCUGAUUUCAGAUUACCAUUGUUUAAUGGAAAAUGGUCUUGGCAGAGUAUCUCAAAACAAUAAAAAAGAUUUUAGAGGUAAGCUAAAGCACCAAAGUGAAAGCCGAUAUGUGUUAACAGCAAAAGUCAUCAGUUGCAAGUAUGCUUCCAUUAAACAGCAAGAUAGAACAAACCACAACAUGCAUUUUAAUAAAAAUUCUGCCUUCAAUUAUGUAUAUGGGACCCCAAAUGAAGUCAGCAGUAAUAUUUCCUACGCAUCUGAGUGCAAAACCUUGUUCAUUAUGUUAAUAAGGUGUUUCAUACCUCUAUGAUAGCCAUCUCUUGGUCAUAUAAUAGAGCCUUAAAAGUAUAAUUUGAUCACAAUUUCACAUCAUUUUGGGGGGGGGGGGAAGCUUAAUUGUGAGACGUUUGGAAGCAAAUGCUGUGACCAGUCGUUUAAAAAAUAAAACAGCCUCUAAAAAAAUUACCAUACAUGUGGAUCCAGGUCCUUUAUUAUUAAUGUUAACAUGGGUGGGAUUUUCAGAGUUACCUAUGGGGCAUCACAUGCCCAUUAAUUUUAGUGGGAGUUGGCCAUGCAAAUCAAGAGGCAUCUUUGAAAGUCUCAGCCUAAUUUAUCUCUAGGCAUUUAUCCCAGGGGUGUCUGAGUGAUAGGCAACAAAGCCCUACCUCAAAAUUAAAUAUCUGACCUGCGAGAAGAGGCAAAGAGAAUGGGAAAAAUUGUGAGCAAUGACUCACUUUGUGGAAAGUUGGUGAAAUAAACAAAUGCAACAUGUUGACUUUAAAACACAAAAUGUAUUAUUUGUUAGUGCACAAAUUAUUUUCUUUUCCUACUUUAAAUCAGUCCUUCUGUGAGCUAGACUCAGCUUGUGUUUACUCGAUUGCCUUGAGGUCCAUGUACUGCUUUUCUGUCGUGUCACUGAUCAAGGGUACAAUUUCUGACCUGUCACUCGGUGAAUUACAAAGUGUGCUUAUGAUGGGCUGAUUGUUAAACAAUAGCUUUCCCAGGACAAUGCCAUUUUUGUUUAACAGUCUGCUUCAAAUGUGCCAAGUUUUGUAUCAGUCUGUUCCUAAGGUUUCUCUAAAUCAGACUUUUUCUUUAUUGCUUUUUUAAUUUAAGGAUGUUUUCUGAAACUAUUCAUAGACUUUUCCACCUUCAUCAAUAUGAUUAGCAUGUACAAGAAGAAUUAAAUAGAGAUCCCCCCCAAUCACUUUAUUAGUUCAAGGUGUGGAGAACCCCUCUGGGUGAAUCAUUGUUAGUUUGUUGGGGUAAAGGGGUUUCCCAAUCCAGGAGCUGUAAAAUAAUUAGAAUACAGUACUUUAUUGACCUGGAGCAUAAACUCCAGACGUGGUGAACCAGGACACUUUAGUUACCUCCUUUAACUGCCAUUAUAUAUAAAUUCCACUAUAAAAAAGUAUAAUUCCAUAAUGUCAAAACUGUUCCUGAAUGUUUCCCAUUUACCUAAAAUAAGGUUUCUAUAGCAUGUAUUAUGAUGGAUGGUAGAGUAUUUUGUUUAUCUUCACUUGUUAUCAUCAGUGGGAUGAGAAUUUUGCCCCCCUCUCAACACUGAAUGGUACAGGUUAUAACUUCUUUAGUGGAGAUAAAAAAAAUAACUCAACCUUCAUCAUCUUAUAACUAUAGCUUGUGCCAUAUGAUAUAUAUAUAUAUCCCAUGUAUAAUCCAGUAUGGUUUUGACAUGUGAUCAUAUAGUGAAUGUUACAGGGCAGCUUUAACAUUACAUUAUAAAGUCAUACUUUUAAAUCUGUAACAUUCAAUAAAAUAGCACAUGUUGCAUUGAACAUUAAAUUCCACUAUCCAAGUUGUUAGCAUACAUAUGGAUUAUGCAUUUUUGGUUACAAUCUGUAACUCCUGUAUGUUUCACACGUCCUUCUGUACAGCGCCACUGUAAAUGUUUGUAUGAGCUGAUGUAUAAGUCUCUAAUGAGCCACUGUGAGCUGUGAUUGGUGAGUUGUGAUAGUGUGAAAGAUGAACUGGCAUGUUAUGCAAAAGAUAAGAUAAAUGAACUUUAAACAAUAUUUUGAAACUCAGUUGACUUAGCUGUUUGUUUACAUAUGCUGGCCAAUUAAGGAAGCAGUGUACAGUAUUUUAUAAAUAUUUUCAUAUAGUAAUCUGUUGUUUCCAGUUUAAGUGAUACUAUUCUAUAGUUGGGUGUACCCUUGUCCUAGAUAUUGGAUUAUAGCAUAUUAUUCUUUCACAACAACGUGAUAUGACUGAACUAGUUUCUCUUCCUUAAAGUUGAGUCUUCUUUUUGUGUCAAUGAAAAUGCAUGCAUUGUUCCAUAAAUUUCUUGGGACUACUAUGAGGCUUAACAUUUUAUUAUUGCCUGCCUGUAAUGAUGAAUCCAGUUAGGAAUUUAAAAAAAUGAAGUUUUUGGACUUUUACAUUAUGUUCAAUCUUUAAGCAAACUAAAUUGAUUUUUAAUUUUUUGUAAACUACACUUCAAGAUGUCAAGAAAUUGAAGUACUAAACACAAAGGUGUGAACCUACAGCAGUGCUGAGACAUUUAGCUCUCUACUUUGGAAAAGAUAAGGUGUUUCAUUACUGUUCUUGGCACACCUGUCUGGUAACUAAUGGCAGUGAGGUACAAAUUGCUAAAACAUAACAACCAGUGAGAAAAGGCUCAUUAAUCCACAUGGCAAAAUCACUCUAGACUCCAGAUAAUUAAUAUUGAUUUAAAGACUUCUGUGUAUAUGGAAUCUGUGUAUAUGGAUGGGAUGGAUGAUUUUGUUAGGGUGGGGGUGACUUGAGAUGUAAUAUUUGUAAGAGAAGUAGAAUAUUUGUUUCUUAGAAACUGUCUGGCACCUGAAAAAUGCAAAAGUAAAGUAUGUCUGCCAAGUUUGAACAACUGCUUAUACAGUAAAAUAAGUGCCAUUCACAGGACAGGGCAUCAGUCUAAUUCAAUGGUUCUCAACAGGCAGCCUGCAGGCCUCAUGCAGCCCAAUUAGCGCACAGCUGCAGCCUGGCCCAGCUCAGCUAUGUGCUAAAGGCCAUCCCACAUGCCAGGGUCGGAGCUGCCCCAGUGCGGCAGGGUCGGGAGCCCCUGGCCAACUCUGGGGUCCUGGGCAGCCAGCCCGCCCCACAUGGCAGGGGUCUGGGGUCAGAGCAGCUGCCCGGCCCCACAGGGUCCAGGGCAGGUAGCUGCCUGGUCCCACACAGCAAGGGUCUGGCUGCUGCUGCCCUGCCACCUGGCUCCUGCAGACCAGGUAACACAUUGUGGGCCACACAUACGGCUCACAAUGUGUAAUAAGUUGAGAACCACUGGUCUAAUUCCUGCAGUUGGAGAGACGAGGCCUGUUCUCUCAAAAGCAAAAGUUAUCAAUUUACAAAUUUGGACUGAGCUCACUGAAAAUCAAAAAUCUCUCUAAACUGUUUGUUUAAAACAAGAAAAAAAGUCUUCUUGUAUUUGCUCAGGUUAUCACUUUAAGGGGAUUCAACAACCAAGAGUAAGGAAAAUAUGAGGUGGUCAUUCUUGGAUUUCCAAAGUGGGGGUUGUGAUGAUUAUGAAUUUCUCCCCUCCCCCAACAACAAAGUUUGCAUUUUUGCACAAAUCAGUCCAUUUGAGACAGCAAAACCAUGUUUCCAGAUUAAAGUACAUUUAUUAUAAGACAGCUAAGUUAAUACUUUUUCUAAGAAAGGUGCUUCAGGGUAUUGUAGCAUGAGUUCUCCCUCACCAAUCUCACAUAACCAAGAGCACAUUCGAAAUAGGGAAGGAGGGCAAAAGUAAAGGAUAUGGCGGGGGUGGGGAGUUAUAUUUAGCUAAUGAAUUCCUUCAUUACUGUACAUUAGAAUUUACCCUUCUUUCCUCUCUGGCAUAAAUGAAUACAUCACAACACUACCCCUGCACGUGAAAGGAAUGAUUGUCUCCACUCCCAUGACUGUUAUUUUGCUUUAUAGCCAACUAUAGUGGCAUUUUGGAGAGCAAUAUAGCAUGUUCCAUCCUGCCCCUUUCCAAGGUAGAUUAUUGGGUAGAUUCUGAUCUUUGUUACACUGGUGUAAAUCUGCAGGAAGUCUACAUGAGUGGAGUUACUGUGUAUUCACUGCAGAAUAACAGAGAGCAGAAUUGGUCCCUGAAUUUCCAACUUUACAUCACUUCUAGCCAUUACACACAUUGUCCUUAACCAAGUUUCCAGUGGGCAGUCUACUGAAUGAGCCACUGGGCCUGCCUAACUUCAGUUCAGAUAGACUGUGAAACCUAGUUAUCUGCUGCACUUUCAUUCUGAACAAGGUUCCACCAAGUUCUUACUUCAAAAGGCUCUUGAGGAAAAUGUUUGGUUAUAAUAUUGCUGCUGCUGUUGCUGGUCGAAAAUGGUAACUUUUGUUUAUAUGAUAGUGGGGGGAAAUGGCUGUGAACUACGACAAUAUGCGUGCACAACAGUAACCUGUAUUAAAGGUAUGUCCUCCUUCCACCCCUGCAGCUGUCUUAUCUGAGGAGAGCCUAUAUGCUGCUAGUGCUGUCUGGAACAGUGUUUGCAAUAUUACUGUACUAAUAGCUAUGUAAUGAUAUAGUAUUUGGGGUAUCAUUUGUAACUGUUAUACCAAACAUUUAUAAAAGGAGGAGGAAACCAUUAAAAUGUCAUUUUUAAAUGAAUUCAUAUAAAUAUGAAGGUUUUGAAUUUUGAUUUAUUCAAAUAUAUAUAUAUAUAACUAGGGAAAACAGUACUUUUUAAAAGGUCUACUGGAUUCACAAUGCACUUUUAGACUGUGUGGUUAGAUAUAUAAUGAAAAAACGGAAGUUGGCUGUUACUGCAGUAGAACUUUCUGAAAUUUCUGUAACAAAUGUUUUGCAAUAAAAAAGGAUGUAGUUCAAAACA